GUAAUGACUUCCAUCAAUAUGAUUCCCAAAAUCACCCAGAUCAUCAUCAAAACUUUGGAGGCACUGGACCCCACAAAGGACAACAUAACACCCUUUCUAUGGCCUUGACAUCCAGCCUCUCCUUCUCUUCUUCCUCUUCUUCUGCAUCAUUGGUUUCGGAGUCCAGUUUAGACAGUGAGUGGCAUUUCCUGCUAAACAAACCCCAGCAUUCCGUGUCCUGUUCCAACCUUCCAGAAGCUAAGAUUUUUCAAGACGAGGCAUUGGGGAACAUGGACUCAACAUUUUCUGUCCACCAUCAGCAACAGAAACAACAUAACUUUGGUCAUUCAGGACAGCAACAACAGGUCUCAGAGCUAGGACUGAGGAAAUCACCACUAUACAGAUGCCAGAGCAAAAGUGUAGAGGGGCUUCUGCAGAGUGUAAGCCAAGAAUGCAGACCUAGGGCACAUGGUAAACUCCCCCCAUUGGAGCUCAGUCAACUUUACAAGACCAACAGCCUGGGACAAAACCUUGCUGUCAAGAAUAAGGCUACUGCAACAGUAAAUAUGGCAAGACCUAAGAGGGCUGUCUCAUUUAUUCAGCUGCCAAACAAGGGUAUUUUGAAACAUAAAGAGGAAGGGCAGAGGCAUGGAAACUUCAGGAAAGCCAAGUCUAUGGAAGCACUGUCCAAUAAGAGACAAAGUACAGGUCCUCAUAAGCAGAGUUCUGUGGGGGUGCUGAGGAAUAACUUUGUAAAAGAAAAGCUUGAGUUUUCUGCCUUUCUGGAUGAGAUUACCAGGCAGGUUAUCAGUCCUUCAAGACUCAGCUCUUACAGGAGUAAUCUCAGCACUAUACCAACAUCUCACAAGUUGUCCCAUGAAGACAGAAGACAGCAUGCUAAAGCUUCCAACAAGGAAGCAGCACAUGUCCAGAAAUUAUCCAAACAGCACAGUGUCCAGCCUGUUAAAUCUGACAAAGAAAAAGAAAGGACAGAUUCCAAUAAACAUAGUUAUAAGUGUCAAACUGGGAGCUCUUCAGAUGCGCCACACCAGUAUCAGCACCAACGCAGUCAUGAGAAGCAGCACUCCACUCCUGAAAUGUAUAGAGCCACACCACACAAACAGCACCAUGGAAAAUACAGCCAGCUCCUCAAUGAAGGUACGACAACCAGUUCUGAGUCCAUCCUGCAGGAGAAACACUAUCAAGCUAAAGGCAAAUUGGGUUAUAAUGGUGGUUAUGGCAUAUGUAGAGAGCUUAAUACUGAGCACAAAGUUGCAUCUCUGCCUGCUGGACUGGGUAUGGAAUUCACAAAAAAAUCUUCCACAGUGACUGGCUCUAACUUGGAGAAUAUCAACAAGCACAAAUACAUGGGUUACAGGAGACACUCCAAACAAUCACAAAGGGAUUCAGUGAGUGGCAUUGACAGAGCCGAAUUGCUGGAGCACUACAACAAGGACCUGCAUGAGAAUUUGUUGCAGAUGGUGUCAUGCAUUGAAAGUAUGGAGGCAGAGCUUCAGUGUACCAAGACAGAAUUAAGCAGUGUUAGAGAGAAAUGCAAAAGGCUUCAGGAGAGCUACACAAGCUGUCAGCAGGCAAACAGUGACCUGGAAGAAAAACUCCAGUCAAUGGAGGAAAGCAUGAAGCAGAAGGAUCACUUACACAGGAUAUCAGAGCUGACCAAACAACUGGAUACAGCAAAAAGUACAAUCAUCUCAUUGGAAAACAUUAAUAUUCCCUUCUUGAUUAAAGAGCUUUUGGACAAGCAUUUUGACUCUGAAGAUGCUGUGAAGAACAUCUUAUUCUCCUCCUCAUCACGUGGUCAAUUGGACACAGACAAAUCAGAUAGAACCUUAGGACUCAGGGAUAACCAAUCAUCUGUGAGGAAAAGGGAAGAUGGGGUUUCUGAUUGGUUAUUCCCUGGGCAAGGAGAUUCAGCUGACAGGCAGGAGCAUAUGGCAGCAUUUUUGCCUUGGACAGAAAGUCAAGACCCCUGGGUUGGAUUAGAGAAGACAGAUGCAAGUGCCCUCCUGGAAAUUCCAGGAGAUUCCAACCUUCACUCUACUGCUAUAGAUAUAAACUCUGCCAUGUACAGGAAGAUACCAGAUUCAAAGGCCAAAGAGCAUGUCCCCAGGGUCACAAUGCAUCAUUUAGGUUUAGAGACAGAAAUACACUCCAUCAGCAUGCUGGCCCGUAGGCCUGGUGAAGUUAUAUCUAAUCAAUACAGCCUAGAGGAGAUAAAAGGAUCAGGAGAACAGAGAAAAGAGGGGUGUGCAGGAAUUGCACAGAAGGAGCCUUAUGACAUUACCUAUCUUACAGCGCAGAAGAUGCUGGAUAAUUUUAUAAGCCAAAUUCCUUCCCAAUCAAAGGAGAGGCAGUCACAGAGAGAUCGUGAGGACAGGGACUGGACCAGAGGGCCUAAAGAGGGGCUUUAGGCUGGUUUAUAUGAUUGAUUCAUGUUGGGCAAUUUAUUGACACUGGUUUGGGUUAGGAAUAUAAUUGGAGAAAUGCAGACAGGGAUUUUGUGUGCUUGUUUUUCCAUCUCAUUAAAGAUAAUGUUCUUCAUCAGACAGGACCUUCAACUACUAAUACAUUAGUUAUUUCUUCAUAGUACAAAUUUUACAUCGGUUUUCUGGAAACUGAAUUACUUUACAAAUCAGGACUGAAAAUGAUUUUCAAUUCAAUUGAAGAAAACAAAAAUUAAAAUGUACUACUACUAGAGUUGAUGGUAAACCCGAUGGUGUCAUGCUCUCCUUGUUCUGUGUUCUGUGAAAAUAUUUUAUUUUUCUCCUUUCAUUGUUUAUUGCAUGUCCAGUCACUUUCCCUCUUUUCAACUAAAAAGAGAUAUUGUAUACUUACUUAUUAUUUAUUUACUUACAUGUGAAGCUGUGUAAAAGAAACUAAAAGAAAAGGAUAAUAGUAUAAUAGUAUACAUUUUAUUAUAUUUAUUAUUAUGUAUAUUUAUGUUAUAUAUUUAUAUUAUUAUAAUUAGUAUAAUUAUAAUUAGUAUUAAAUAGUAAAACACUUUGCCAAUACUUGUCAAUACUAUGGCAAUACAUUACUCUUAAUUUUUUUCCCUGCUUUCCUUUUUAGGUAUGGUUCCUAGCAGAAACUCUUUAGGAGGCUAAUAAUUCUUAAUUAUUGGAGGAAUCCCUGGGGAGCACUUUUUAUUUAAAGUUUAGGGUACUUUUGCCACUGACAGAUAUGUCAUAUUGGAUCAUU